CUGACGUGCUGCUGUCAGUGCAUGAACUCUGCUUAUCAGCUGCUCUCACUCAGUCAGUGACAUUAUGCUGUUGGAGCAGCUCUCUUAUCUGACAUAUUUGACUGACUGUAGUACAUCAGUGACAUCAACCAAUAAUAUGAAGUAAAAUAUACCACAGCCUCAGCUUUCAGCUUCUGAGCACAACUUCUGUUUGCACAAGAUGGAAAAAUCACAAUCUGUACCUCAACUGAGGAUUGUGAUGCUUGGAAAAAGCAACGAUGAUAAAACAACUCUGAGCACAUUGAUCAGUGGAAGAUACGACUGUCCUCAUCAGAAAUCAAAGAAGCAGUUUGUUCAUAUUGAAGGCAGCUGGAGGAGAACUCCGUUCACUCUGGUGAAAACAUCAAAUAUCUUCAGUCUGCCUGCAGAAAGAGUGAGACAUGAGAUGAAGAUGUGUGUGGCCCAUUGCCCCCCUGGACCAAAUGUUCUGCUGCUGCUGCUGAAUCCUUUAGAUUUCACUGAGGAGGACGGACAAAAAAUGAAGUCCAUCAUGAGCUUCUUUGGACCGGAUGCUUUUAAACAUUCAAUGGUCAUCACAACACAUAAUGACAGGGGAGGGAAUUUGUCAGUGAACCAACUCGUCCAAGAAUGUGGACAAAGGAAACACAGGAUCAACUUUGAUGGAAAAUAUUUUCCUGAACACGUUAUUCAAGAACUGAUGAAACAAAUGGAGAAGAUAGUGAGUGAGAACAGGGGAUAUUUAACAUUUACUGAAGACACUGAUCCCAUUGUGAAGCCUAAAAUUGCAAACUGUCCUCUUCAGCUGAUGCUGUGUGGGAGAGACGGAGGCUGGAAAACCUCAGCAGUGAACGCUAUCCUGGGACAAAGACCCUUUGGUCCAGCUGGUAACUCAUCAGAGUUUACUAAACACCAGGCAGAGGUUUGUGGACGCUCGGUCUCUGUGCUGGUGCUGCCUGCUUUGUAUGGUAAACCUAACGAGGCAGCGAUGAGGGAGUCAUACAAGAGCGUCUCGCUCUUUGAACCUGAAGGUGUCCAUGCCUUCAUCCUGGUCCUCCCGCUGGAUCGUCCUACCGAUGAAGACAAGAAAGAACUGGAAGCCAUCCAGAAUACUUUCAAGUGUAGAAUCAAAAAGUUCACCAUUAUACUUUUUACUGUGGACGUAAAUCCACUUUACCACCUCCUAGCAGUGGAGAGGUUUCUACAGGAAGACAAAGACAUCCAGCAGCUCUGUGAGAGUUGUGGUGAACGAUGUGUUGUCUUUAACAUCCAAGACAAGCAGCAAGUGUCUGAUCUGUUGCACACGGUGGAGACAAUGAGACAGAUGGAACGCAGAGGCUUCACAAAAGAUAUGUUUCCCAAACCUCCAGUGAAUCUAGUUACAAGACGAGAAUCGUUAUUAAAGGCAGAAAAAUACAGAUAUCACAGGACAUCAGCUACCAUGACGGUACAAAGCAGAGAUCCUCUCAGGAUGGUGCUGAUUGGAAAGACUGGAAGUGGAAAGAGUGCCACUGGAAACACCAUGUUGGGCAGACGGUGCUUUUAUUCAAAAGCCUGUGUAAAGUCUGUGACGAGUGUUUGUCAGAAAGAAACAGCAGAGAUUAACGGGCGCCCCGUCAUCGUGGUCGACACGCCCGGCUUGUUCGACACGACUCUGUCCACUCAACAAAUUAAACUGGAACUCGUGAAAUGCAUCAACUUAUUGGCUCCUGGACCUCACGUUUUCUUACUGGUGGUGCAGAUCGGUCGCUUUACGCAGGAAGAAAAAGACACCGUGGAGCUCAUCAAAAACUUUUUUGGUGAGAAGUCAAAGGACUUCAUCAUCCUCAUCUUCACCAGAGGAGAUGAUCUUAGUAAUCAAACAAUUAAGGAUUACAUACAAGACGACAGUCAAGGUUUCCUCAAAAAGCUGACCAAGGAUUGUGGAGAACGGUACCACGUCAUCAAUAACAAUGAUCAAAACAAUCGUUCUCAAGUCACUCGGCUGCUGGACAAGAUUGAAUCGAUGGUGAGGAAAAAUGGUGGUGGCUACUACACAUCAGAGAUGUUUCAAGAAGCAGAGGCAGCAAUACAGAAGGAAAUGCAGAAGAUCAUGAAGGAGAAAGAAAGACAGAUCCAGAGUGAACAGAGGGAUCUGGAAAGAAAAUAUGAAGAGGAAAUGCAAGUGAAGAGGAACACAUUAGCAAAGCUAACAGCCAAAUUUGAAGAGGAAAUAAAAGAAAGCCGAGCCCAGCUAGCCAAAGAAAUGAAGGUUCACAUUAAGAAACAGCAGGAGAAUAUAAACAGAGAAAGAAAAAAGAGAGAAGAAGAGGAGAGGAACAAGAAAUGGCAGGAGGAAGUCCAACAAUAUCAGUGGGAUAAAGAAGAUGGAGCUCUGCAGAAAGAAAUACAAAAACUGGUGAUUGUUGAUGGGAUCUUAUUACAGAACAGAGAAAUAAUGAGAAAAGAAAGAACAGUUUGGGAGGAAGAAAGAAGGGCAUGGUGGAAAAAACAACAUUGUGAGGAAGAAAAGCGACAUCAGGAGGAGCAAAGACGACUUCAAAAGCUCCAAGAAGAAUAUCAGCAGGAACCAGAGAGAUAUGAACUCAAAAGAAGACAAGAAGAAAAUACCCAAAGAGAACAAGAGGAACGAGAACUGAAAGAAAAGUAUAGGAAACAACUGGAAGAAUUAAGGAGGAAACAUGAAGAGGAGGCCAGAAAACAAGCUGAGGAAUCCAAUGAAUUCAGACAGAGAUAUACCGAGGAUGCUUCAGCUGAGAUGGAAAAGUACAAAAAGGAAAUAGAAGCUUUGAAGCAGAGGCAACAAAACCAAAAUGACUUAAUGAUAAGGCAGCUGAGGAGAAACAAGGCCUACGACAAAAGGUUUGAUGAGCUGCAGAAAAGACAAGAACGAGAAAUGGAUCGCCUGAAAUCGUCGAGCUGUUUCGAAAGUAAAGAGCAACUAAACGAGCAAAUGGAUCUUCUGAAGAAGGUCCAUCAGGAAGAGAUAAAUGAGUGGAUUCAGGAACAUGUAAAGAAAGCCACACAAGAUAAGACUUGUAGCAUUUUAUGA